CGCAACUGCCCGUCCAACACCAGCGCAACUUUUAUUGUACACUUACUCUAACAGAAGGGGAGUUUGUUGUCAACGUUUGUCCGCACUGCUAGUUAAAAUGUCCCGUCUGAACGUUGCCUUAUAAAGAAAACAUUCACUUUUCGCAUAAUGGAGGAACAUUUAGUCUGUUCGAUGACUUUUCGCGUGUAAUCUCACAGCUGUAAAGAUGUUUUUCUGAGUAGAGACUAUGCAUUCUUCAGGAUGGGUGCGAACAAUGGCAAACAGUGUGGAAGUGAAGGAAAGGGUAGUUCCAGUAUCUCCUCCGACGUGAGCUCGAGCACUGAUCACACACCCACCAAAGCUCCCAAGAAUGUGGCUAUCAGUGAAGAUUCGGACCUGAGCAUGAGGACACUUAGCACACCCAGUCCCGCUCUCAUUCUGAACCCAAACCCAUCCUCUCAAACAGUCCCCAGUGGCCAUGAAAUGUCUUCCUCUCCUUUUAAUGUCCCUGGGGAAACAGUUGCCAUGGUGCACCCGCCCCCUGGGACACGCUUAAGGCCUUCCAAAGCUCCUCACACCACCCUCAUUGAUGUCCUUCCCGAUCCCAUUCUCCUGCACAUCCUCUCGUUCCUGUCCACCCCUCAGCUGUGCCGCUGUGCUCGAGUCUGCCGUCGGUGGUAUAACCUCGCCUGGGAUCCACGGCUCUGGAGUAGCAUCCGUCUAACUGGAGAGCUGCUACUCGCUGACAAGGCCCUGAAAGUGCUCACCCAUCGGUUAUGUCAGGACACUCCCAGUGUUUGUCUGACCCUUGAGACGGUGGUGGCCAGCGGCUGCCGGAGGCUUUCUGAUCGUGGGCUUCGUGUUAUAGCUCAGUGCUGUCCAGAGCUGCAGCGUCUGGAAGUCGCUGGCUGCUAUAAUCUGUCCAACGAUGCUGUAUUUGACGUGGUAUCCCAAUGUCCCAAUCUGGAGCACUUGGACGUAUCAGGCUGCCCUAAGGUGACCUGUAUCAGCCUGACGCAGGAGGCCUCUCUCCAGCUCACCCCGCUAUACUGUCAACAGAUCAGCCUGCGUUACCUGGACAUGACAGACUGUGUGUCCCUGGAGGAUGAAGGCUUAAGGACCAUCGCCUUUCACUGCCCGCGUCUCACGCACCUCUUCUUGCGACGCUGCAGCCGGCUAACGGACGAGUCCCUACGACAGUUAUCACUGCACUGCACCGCUUUACGUGAGCUCAGCCUCAGCGACUGCCAUCUAGUGGGAGACUUUGGCUUGCGUGAAGUUGCCCGCCUGGAGGGCCGCCUACGCUACCUAAGUGUAGCGCAUUGUAUGCGCAUUACAGACGUUGGACUGCGCUACGUAGCACGCUACUGUCCACGGCUACGUUACCUGAAUGCGAGGGGCUGCGAGGGGCUAACAGACCAGGGCUUGAGCCACUUAGCUCACGGCUGCCUCAGACUGCGGUCUCUUGAUGUUGGCCGUUGCCCGCUGGUGUCGGACGCCGGGCUGGAAAUGUUGGCCCGCUCCUGCGUGGGGCUUCGACGGUUAAGUCUGAGGGGUUGCGAGAGUGUGACAGGGAGAGGGCUAACGACACUAGCGGCAGGAUGCCCCGAGUUGCAGUUACUGAAUGUACAGGAGUGCGAGGUGCCGCCUGAGGCACUUCGACUAGUCAAAAAGCACUGCAGGCGUUGUGUAAUAGAACACACUAUACCUGCUUUCUACUGAAUGGACAGGUUGGGAUGCCAGGGAUGUGGACCCCUGACAAGUGGAUGUUUAUAUUUUCUGCCUUUCUAUGAUUGUAUAUUGAAAUGCAACAUGUGUGUGUCUCAAAACCUUGUGUACUGACUCGCUGUGUACAGCCUAUAUGGACAGCUGUCAACAUAGACCAAAUUUCAACUGAAAUGGACUUUUAUAAGAAACCGAUUUAAGAUAUCCUUCAUUUGUAACAUAAUUAUUCACCUUUUUCCUGGGGGUCUUACUGGAGAAACGAAUAUGGGUGGAACUUCCGCCGCAAGUCAUUCUAUAACAUACGCUAGCUCCGGCUGCAGUCAUUUUAGACACAGUUUACAGCUGGUAUUAAGACACGUUUUGGAUGAGCCAAUCACGUUUUGGAUGAGCCAAUCACAAAUGGUCAGUGCUAGAUAUAGUUGCAAAACAAUUUUUGUGAUUGGAUCACAAAAAAACACAUACAGAGGUAGUCAAAAACACAUGUGGCCACAUCGCAUUUGAGGUUUAAACAGCAGUGAAGCACCACCUCCCACCUGUCAAUUACCCGCAAAACAAAAGUUUAAACUUACGUGCAGAUUUAAUAGGAAAUACCCCUCCGAUCGGACAACUUGAAAAAGCUACAUUACAUACCCACGCACGAGAACUUCCCAGCUCUUCCUCAGUGUGUCGGAAAUAAACAUGCAGGGUGACAAGCACACACAUCUGAAGCUGACUAACACAGGUACUCCACUAAAACAAUGGAUCAUUUUGCUUGAAAUAUUGCAUUUGUGCUUAGGUUAAAUUUCAAUUGCAUCUGUGAGAAACAGCAUGAGAAUGAAUAGACGUAUGCUGUAACAACAACUGUUUAAUUGAUAACGGAAGUAACGCCCACAUAAUCGUCACGGGACUUAGGAUAAAGGUGGAUAGGUCACUCACUAAUGCCAUGCAGAUAACACAUCUCAUCGUGUAACAUUCACAGUUAAUUCUGAAUUUAGCAUGAAGCUAAGCUAAGCUACAUGCUAAUGUGCUAAUGUCAACACCCAAGAUAUGUAGCCCAGACAAAACUGGGUGAAUAAAUUUUGAACUACAUGGAAUUAUUGCCAAUAUUGCCAAUUUUAAGAACUGAAUACAAAUAUAUUUAUAAUCAACAUUGAUAUUGCCAGUGAUGCCCACAAAUGUUGUCCAUUUAGGCAGCUUCCUUGGUUUUAAGACACAGUCAGCAUAUGUAGCUUCUUCACUAACAAAAUACCAGGUAAUAACAGGAUAUUUACAAUAUAAAUGAGUACAAAUGAAGUACUUUGGCAUACCAUGUAAAUACUAUGGUACAUUUAUAUGAUGACCCUUCAGUACUAUGGUAUUGCAGUCUGAUACCAUCACUGUACCAUGCUACCACCACAAUGUUUUUGUAAGAUUGUGCCAUUGAAUGAACUACAUUAUGUAAAUAAUAGUAUUUAUCACAUGAAAGACAUGCAUUAUUGUCACUGUACAACAAUAAGCUGUUAUUGGUCUGACUAAUGUUUUUUUUUCUAAUUCCAAGUCUAAUUGAGAACAAGCUUUUAAGUGUGUUGAACCAUUAAGUAUAUCAUUUUUUCCCUGUCUCCUUUUGAAAAGAGAUAUCCAAUUCCAAGAGACCACAUUUGUUCAAGUAAAAUGAGUAAAAAUGUGGGUAUUUGCACUUUAAAAGGCAUGUAUCACAAAUGUUGUUUCAAGAUCUAAAUCUUUUAUUUUAUAUUUUAGAUCACAGAAAACGAUGUCUUGCUGCUAAAAGACACAAUA